GUUGGAAUUAAUUUUUUUUUUUUGUCCUAUAAGCAACAACAAAAUGGAUACGGAAAAGCCAACAACUAACACUGCGGCCGCCGGAGCCGCCAGUCAAGAUCCUUUACUGGACUCACCACUGCGAGGACCCACCCUUUCGACUAGCACAUCCAGUUUCGAGGCCCUGGCCCAUGCCCACGAUCCCAAUCUCUCGCGACUGGCCACAAAGAUGUUUCGCAAAACCGAGGACUAUAUCACGCAUGAGUUGAAUGCACCUCUCGAGGAUUACAAACUGCUUGAGGAGAUGAAUAAGGCGACUAUCGAAAAGUACAAGGAUAUGCGUCAAAUUGCCGAGAAUUUGAAUGGCUCAACCAACGAGCUGAGUCUAAAGUUUCAGCAGUUGGCUCCCCUAAUGCAGCAAAUUGAUGAGAUCUCCGACACGGUGGACAAGCUGGAGGCAGCUGCCUAUAAAUUAGACGCCUAUAGCAUAGCCCUAGAGAAUCGGGUCAAAUGUGUGCUUCAACGUAAAUCGACCCCGGCAGCGGCGGCACAGACAUAAUGCGGAGCUUUUCUUUUUAUAUAAAGAAAAUUUUUUAUUACAAUAGAUAUGUAUGUGUGUGUGUGUAAAUCUAACCAAGUAAUAGUUUAAAUAAAAUGGCAAUUAUAUUAAGGAAGAUCAAUGGAA